GUCUCUGUGUGUUGACGUUCUCUCUGCUCUCCCUCUGAUGUCAGAUUCUGGACUCGGAGCUGUUUGAACUCAUGCAGCAGAAUGGAGACUACACUCACUUCUACUUCUGUUACCGCUGGUUCCUGCUGGACUUCAAGAGAGAGCUUCUGUACGAGGAUGUGUUUGCGGUGUGGGAGGUGAUCUGGGUGGCUCCCAGGAUUUCCUCGCAGCACUUUGUCCUCUUUCUGGCCUUGGCCCUGGUCACAGUGUACCGUGAGAUCAUCAUGGACAACAACAUGGACUUCACUGACAUCAUUAAGUUCUUCAAUGAGAUGGCUGAGCGUCACGAUGUCCAGCAUAUCUUGAAGGUAGCACGUGAGCUAGUGCACAAAGUCCAGUCUCUGAUGGACAACAAGUGACUAUAGAGGGGGAGGAGGAGGAGGAGGAGGAGGAGGAGGAGGGGGGGGG